UUUUCGCGCGGAGUGGGUGUAAUCGCGAUUUGUUUCCUAACGUGUUUGCUAAAUGAGACAUUUAUUUUUCUAUAAGCGAUUGAAUAACUUAGUGGUGGUAACAAGAGACUGGUGAAUUAAGUUAAAAUGCCGCCGAAGAAGCGGGAGAAGGAAUUGGAGAGUCAAAAACCACCGAGAAUGGAUCAAAUUCAGGCGGACCACGAGCUCUUCCUUCAAGCCUUUGAAAAACCGACACAGAUCUACCGCUUCUUACGAACACGAAAUCAAAUCUCGCCAAUAUUUCUUUACCGAAAUUUAUCCUACAUGAAGCAACGCAUGUCUCGGAGCCACAAGUCUCGUCGCGGCUUCAGGAUCGACUCAAUAUUACAGAGGCUUGUGGAGAAAACCAGUCUCAGCCAAAAUCCUGGCAUUCGUGGCUUCAUGACUCUCACUUUUUUAGGUUUUUACGAUAAAAAAAUGGAGGCACCACAGGAUCCCGUCAAAGUGGAGACACUUUUGUUAAAAAUUUGCCACAAGAAACGCAAGGACGUGAGUUCUCCAAUAAUGCAAGUGUCAGUGGGCACUAGCGAGGUUCCAAUAAAUCCAUCUGAAAAUCAACCACCACCAAAAGCACCAACGAUCUCCAUUCCUAAUGAGUCUUUCACCUUGAACAAUGGACACGUUGCUAAAACGUACAUGCUACUUCUCAGAGUUUACUGCAUGUCGAACAAUGGCUGCCUUAUGAAUAACUGUGAUUUGGAUUCAGAGCCUGCACAAAAGAGGCGAAAAUCUUCACCAGGAACGAUAAAAAAUGGUGGAGAAGAGGUGAAACUUUAUGGCUCGGAGCUGAUCGUCUACGAUAAGCACAAUCGCUGUCUCUUAACAGAUGGGGAUUACGAAUUAGGUCUGCAGGAAGUGCAAACCAACGUUAGGUCAAGUCCCAAAAAGCACAGCUCUUGGGAAACAAUAAGUGAUAUCAAGGAGUGUGGCCCGUUCGAGGUAUUCAGUCGAGGGCCAACUCUGAAAUUCCGACUUAGCUGGACAACUGAACCCAGCAAUGGUCUUGUUGAUAGACCAACGCUUAUUCAUCCACUGCCUAAUGGAGAUAAUAAGGAGAAUCGACCCGGAAAUACCGAUUUAGAUCGUUGUUCCACGAAUCUCAAUAACAACAACGGAUCACUGCCAAACUCAACUCCCCUGACUCCCUCGAAAAUGGCGGGGACGAUGGAGAAAAUGGAUACGUUGAGUGGAACGCAACAAAUUGUUUACCAAUUCCUAUACAAUAAUAAUAGUCGACAACAGACAGAGGCUUGUGAGGAUCUGCACUGUCCUUGGUGCUCCCUCGACUGCGGUAGGCUUUACUCUCUGUUGAAGCACUUGAAGCUGUGUCACUCACGUUUCACCUUUACAUACGUACCAAUAUCUCAGGGAGCUCGAAUAGACGUAGCAAUUAACGACUGUUACGAUGGUUCGUACGCAGGAAGCCCACACGAGCUCAUCUCCCAACCCUCAGGGAUCACCUUUUCUCGAACAGGCCCCACCAGGCGCACCAGUGUCACCAACAUCCUAGUCUGCCGGCCCAAGCGAACCAAACCUAGUCUCUCCGAGUUCCUCGAGCUUGACGAGAACGACUAUGAGAGCCAGCGCCCCUACAUCACUGGCCACAACAGACUUUACCACCACACAGUCACCUGUCUCCCAAUCUACCCAAAAGAGAUGGACGCCGAUUCCGAAGGAGAGCACGACCCAAAGUGGCUGCAAACCAAAACCAUGAUGAUGAUAGACGACUUCACAGACGUGAACGAGGGAGAGAAAGAAUUAAUGAAGAUGUGGAAUUUACACGUGAUGAAGCACGGUUACGUGGGGGAUUGUCAGAUUCCCCUGGCGUGUCAAAUGUUCCUAGAAAAAAAGGGUAAAGAGCUGCUGAUGAAAAACCUCUACAGGAAUUUUGUCCUCCACAUGUCGAGCCUCUUCGACUUUGGCCUAAUCAGCCCAGUGGUUCUUUAUCAAACGAUCCAAAAGCUCCAGGAGAUCAUGAAAGAGGAUGGUGAGGACGGAGCUGUGAAGAGGGUCCUGCAGAAGUCUCACGAGGCUCAGGUAGAGCGUUGGGUGACCACUGGGGUUCAUGCAGAGCCCACAAAAGCCAGUGGAACUGCCAAAACUAAUUUCAAUAAUGAAAUUUCCAAUUCCAAUGCUCGACGAAAGACAACCCUACCUCUGGGCUCUCCACCUCCCUCCUCAGGGCUCAAAUCAGUCCAUAAUAAUGCCAGUAAGCAUGCAACAAUGAUUGGGGGAGCAACAAAACCAGUGACGAAUGGGAAUAAAAAUUCUAGUAAUUCGUUCACUGUUAAUAAGACUAAUGGAGUUAGCAAUGGGAAAGGAGAAGUUAAUGGGGGUGGUGAGAGGUCAGAGACCUCUCAGACUGAUGGGACUGGUGGAAGAGGGGGUAGUGAACUUCCACCGAGACGGAAGAGUACAAAUUCGAUUGUUCAGGAGAAUCCAUUGCCCAUCAGGCGAAAGUCAAUGGCGAGUGAUAAUGGGGGGAACGAGUAUCAUCGAAGGAAGCUCGUGCUUGAUGCUAUAUCUGCGGGGGGAAGUGUCAAUCAAAAAACAUCUCAAAAUGAUAAUUAUUGAGGGAUCGGGGACGAUGAUGCCGGGAGUGGGAGGUCCAAGAUGUGUUGGAAGCUUUAUGGGAUUGAAAGUGCAGGGGAAUGAGGACAAGAGUGACAAGGGCUGUUGGAUAUGAUUGGCGCGAAAAUUUUAUAGUUGGGAAAUGUUCAUGAGAGAUUUUCUUUCAAUUUUUAGGAAGGUAUUGGAUUUGCGGGAGCAAUGUUGAAAGAAAUUUUCCAUAGAUGGUGAAAAUUCGUAAGAAAAGGAUCCUUUUUUGUGGAACUUCUGAAUUAGAUUGUCUCAAUUCCGUCAUAUCCAACUGACUAUCUCAGCCAUUGUCACUCUGAAAAUUCCAGAAUGUAUCUUUCACCUUCCAAUGUGAUAAUUCGAAAGUAACAUCUGAGUUGAUUAUCUCAGAAACGAGUACCUCUACAAGGAAAUUUCGAGAGUUUUUAUUCUGUGAUUUUCUUGCUAACUUCCAGAAUCUUGAGGUAACUGACUCACUAUGUUUUAUCACUGCCGUACAGAUUUGAUUGCACAAAUUUUUCUUGGAUCUCCUUGAACGAAGAAAAGAAAAAGAUGAAAAUGGUAAAAAAUUGAAGGAAUGAAUCGGUUUAUUACGCAGCUUGUGCGUGUUUAUUACUCUUAAUUUUUCCAUUUUAAUUCGCAUACAUUUUGUACAGUAUUUUUAUGCGAUUGAUCGAGAAUAAAUUGUGUGAUCGAUCAUUAAUUGAUUCAUUAUCUGAUUGAGUGAGUUUCAUUUUCUCUAUUUCAUUUUUUUUUAUUGAACUGCUGGAAUAAUCAUAGUUGAGAGUGGGAGAAAGGAGGAUAGUGAGGGAUGUUUACCUGUUAGAUCAAUUUCUGUAUUAAAAAUAGAAUUUUUCAUUUUUACAAGAAUAAUUCACGAUCAACGUGAUGUUUUUUAUUGCAACAAUUGAUUCGGAGUUCAUUGCAGGACAAAUGUGAGAGUUUUUUGUUUUCAGACACAGCAUGUUUUUCCAUAUUUUUCUCUGCAUUUUUUAUUAAUCGAUUUAUUUUAGUGAAGAAUUUUUUCCCUUUUUUUUCAUUUUUUUGGCAAUUUUUUUUACUCUAGUCAGAUUACAAUUUCAUUUCUUUCUGAGGUUUCUGAAUGCUGUAGACGAAUGAGAAAUGUGCACGUUUCUAUUGAAUAAUACCGUCGUGUUGGAACAAUCACGAAGCUUUAAACUACCGGAAAAGGUCAUUCAAUUUGAUUAGGUUUUUUUCUUUUUUUUUGUUUUUUUUUUUCUAAUGAUGAGUACUAGGGGUUGGAUAAAGGGGCAUUGGAAUCUUUGAGAUGGAUUUAUAGUUGAAAUUUAAAGGUGACAAAAGAAAUGAAUGUUGAGUACAAUUGACGUUCAGGAGUAAAGUCUCAGAAUGAGAUACGUGAAUGAAAUGUUUCUUAGAACAAUCUCUGGAACUAACAAAUGUUUAAACUCGCAGAAAGAAAAUAUGUUCUCGAACAAGUUUUGUUUUUAAAAAAAAGGCAAGUUGAGAAUUACCAAGAAUAAAAAAUCUCGUGCUGAACGUUUGAAGAGUGUCCCUUGGAUGAGAAAUUUUAGUCGAAAAGAUGGAUUUAAUUGUUUUAAAAAUUGUUAUUCCCUUUGCAAGCAAGAAUUCCCAUUUCUAUCAUUUUUUAGUUAUUCCAUAAUAUCUUAGGUAUUUUUCUCCCAAAAAAAUGUUGGCUUUUUGCAAAGUCAGGGAGAGUAGUUUUUCAUUUCCAAUCCUCAAAGAUGAGAAAUUAAUUUUUAAAUAGUGUAACAAUGAUCAUAGCAUAGCAAUCCUAUAACUUAAGAACAAAAUAUUUCUUGAUCAACUUCACUUUAUGGAAGAUAUUUUUAUUCUGAAAGGGCACCCCUUCUGCGAAUGAUUUUGUUAUUCAAAUAUUUUGUUAUUGAAAUCAGAGCGAUUACUCAUGUUUGAAUCCUUCGUUUGUUAAAAUGUAACAAUUUUUAACUAGGCAAUUAUGAACUUGCCAUUAUUUUGGUUUAAACAAGACUUGCUUGAGAAUGUUUUUCUCCAAUUGUUGAGCGAUUUAGACAAGGACUUGUCUACAGAGCAGAAUGGAAGUCAUUGGCAAAGUGACUUAAAAAAUUUGUCCAUCUUAGUUAGAUACGAUGAGAUUUAUCAAAAUUUAAUUUCAAUUUCACAUUAAAAUUUCUCGUUUGAUUAUCUCAAGGUCUAGGUCAAGAUAAAUUCCUCAAAGAAUUUUGUGACUUCAUGAAACUUUGUCAAGCGCGCUUUAAUUCACAAGUGUUCUUGGAAAACUCAUGCUGAACUUUACCACUGAAUUGCGAUUAGUAACGAACACUGUGCGAUUGAGCAAAAGUGCCUUCAUUAAACCUGAGGCUUUUACGGAAAAAUUAGAUUUUUAUUCGGAAUUUUGUGUAGAAGUGAUGCAGAACAGGACAUGAAUAGAAAAUUUUCAUACUGAGCAUUUUUGCAAGUCCUUCGUAAAUUACCCGGUUCAGAGAAAACUGUCGAAAUAUCUUUUUUCUGCAGAGCGUAAACUCUCGAAUCAAAAAUAUCAGAAAAGGUUAUUGGACAGUUCUCUCUGAACGCCUUUUGCUCGAGGAUAGUCGCAAAAUAAUCGGUAGAACUGUCUGAACAUACCUCCUUUCAUCACUUCACUUAUCGAUUUCUCUAUCUGAAAUUACCCUUCGAAAGGAGAAAUUAUGAUACUUACAUCUCCCAGAUUGUGCCCAAGCUACAUCCAUGAAAUUAUACAAAAGAGUAAUGGUGUAUUAAUUAUUUAAUCCUCAAAGACCUUGUACGAUACACGAAAAUACUAAUUAAAUCUACUGCCUCUACGGUCGUGGCAUUUUUUUAUUAUUGUAUUUCAUUUUCUUAAUGAAUACUGUAGACAAAGACCCGACCGUUACCCUUUAAAUCUUACACUGUAUAUCGUAGAUUGUAAAUAGGUAUAUUGCAAAAAAAAAUUCAAUAAAUUCUGUGAAAAAAAAA